GGCAACCAGUAGUCGGGGACGUAUGUGGCGUCUUAGGCCAUGAUCCUUCGCCCAACCAAAACCACCAAAACCUAUCUCAACGCAGAAUGUUCGCGGUACGACGGGUGCUGCUGGGGCACCGUCUCUCCUACCCUCCCGUCCGCCUCCGCCCACCACGGGUCGGUACGACGAGGAGGGCAUUCUAUUCAUUUUCGCCGGAUCCAACUCCCCGCCUCUGGUCCGGCCUCCAGAGCUGGCGCGAGGCCCCAACCAACGAGUGCCGCACCUGGGGCCCUGACGGCCCCUGCCAACCCACCGACCGCGCCCUUCUCGACGACGCUCCGACCGCCUCCGCCGCCUCCCUCGCCGAGUGCGCCGCCCUCGUCCUCUCCACCCCCGACCCCCUUGCCAAGUCCAGGCUCUCCCACCUCGCCUACUCCCGGUGGCGCCGCCAUGGCCUCCCCGUCGGAGUCGUUCGGCCGCCCGACCGUCCCGCCAGGCCCGACAGACCUAUUUUGGUCUCGCCGAAGGAAAUACCCGCGCAUAAGAGCUUGGGCCUGCCGCUCAAUUCUUAUAUGCUCCACAAUCUGGCGCAUGUGGAGCUGAACGCGAUAGACUUGGCGUGGGACACCGUGGCGCGUUUCUCCCCUUUCCAUGAUGCCCUAGGGGACGAGUUCUUCUCUGACUUUGCUCGGGUGGCCGAUGACGAGAGCCGGCACUUCGCGUGGUGCUCGCAGAGGCUAGCUGAGCUUGGCUUCAGGUAUGGAGAUAUGCCCGCUCAUAAUCUUCUGUGGAGGGAGUGUGAGAAAUCCUCUGGAGAUGUUGCUGCACGCUUGGCAGUGAUCCCUUUAGUGCAGGAGGCUAGAGGCCUUGAUGCUGGACCUAGGUUGGUGCAGAAGUUGGUCGGUUUUGGGGAUCACAGGACAUCUAACAUUGUGGCAAAGAUUGCCGAGGAAGAAGUUGCACAUGUUGCAGUUGGUGUGUAUUGGUUCAACCUAGUCUGUCAGAAGAUGGGUCGAAUUCCUUGUGCUGCUUUUAAAGACUUGUUGAACGAGUAUGAUGUGGAGUUGAAGGGCCCGUUCAAUUAUUCAGCUCGCGAUGAAGCUGGAAUUCCCCGUGACUGGUAUGAUGGUACACCAAAAUGUGGGGCCAAGAUUGAUCUUUCCGAGGUGCAUGAUAGGCUGGCUGACAUCAUUGCCAUGGAGAGAGAGAACUCGAGCUUGAAUGGCUAGUCUUUUUUGCAUUCAUGACUAGUGAGAGUGACAUCCAAUGGUACCAUCCUGCAAAACGUUUUGCCUCUCCACCAGUUUCAUAUUCUGUGCAAAUCAAGAUAAAAGUUAUUCCUGUGGCAACACUUGGUUGUGUGAAAUUUACACUUGAAUAUGGAUAGCGUUUUAGACGCAUAAAAGUAUCUUCGGAUAGGAAUUCUAUGAAUUCUUAUUCCAUUUAGUAGCAUAGAGGAUUGCACCCCUAGUAGCUCUUCUUUGACUGGGGAAAAGAUAUUCUAUUCUCACUGCCAAAACAGGUGAACUAAUUUCAGAUGGAGAGCAGACUUAGAAAUGGGCUCCGCAGCUGACUGUAAUUUCUGACUCUCUGUACCUCAGGUAUGUGUAGACUUCAUUUAGGUAGAUGUGAAUCAAGGGGGUGGUUGACAAUUCAUGUCUUUCUUGAUGAGGGCUGGUCUCAACUUUGAGCAUGUAAUCACUGUGAUGCAUUUGAUGUACCUCAGGCUUUUGACAAGAACUCUUCUUUUUCUCCCCCUUUUGGCACAGUCGAUGCAGAUUUUGCAUUUGAUAUGGGGGUACUUGGUGGAUUGGUAUCAAGUAAACUAUCAGCACAGGAUUAGUUGCGGGCCGUUAGAUAAACAUUCUUUAUAGCCAACAUGUAAUGGAGUAUUUGUUGGAAUUUCUGUGAAAAAAAAGACACAAAAUCUUAUGAUGGUUUGCUGUAAUGAAUUUCAGAAAACUCUUGUUGUUCCAUGACCUUUCCAUCUACUGUGUCCAAUACCAAGGAAAAGCAAUUCUCGCUUCAAACGGGGCCUGUUUUCUGGUAAAGAAUUGAAGAUGUCGCCGUGGCAACGUAGUAAAAUUAUUAUUAUUCUUAGGGAAAGAGAUGUUGGGACGUCAAAUUUGCAUUGCAGUAGUUUGGAUGAUUGAAAUAUUCAUGUCAGAUUAUGCAGCCACGUCAAUUGACUACAUUUAAUUCUCCUUCUGCUUUGCUUUUACCUUUGUGUAGAAUUCAUUUUAUUUUAUUUUAUUGUUUCCAUGGUGUCAUCUUGUGCCUCCUCCGGCAGCUGCUCGCUUGCCAUCUCCAUCUGACCAUGAACGAAAUCUUACCUUAUUGCAGCCUGUUCUUCAUCGUCCUUUUGGGUUAUGGUUGUGUUGCGAAGACAAAUAGGCAAUAAAACAACGUGUUUGUUUUCUCCGUCGCGAAAGAGGACUGAAAGCAUCUCCACCACUCUCCACUACUGCAAGCAGAACCAAAAGGCACGGCAAGGAGAACCAGCUAAAGAAAAGAAACAAGGAUUUGAGAAGCAAAUUGCUUAAACCGCACAGGAGAGUAAAAGGAGGAUAAUAGGAUAGAGGAGGAGGAUGUGCUGCGACUGCGAGUGCCAGCCGCUUGGUUUGAUAACAAUGAUAGGUUGUUGCUGCCAUGCAUACGUCCGUAUGUGCUGCCUCUGUAUGACAAUAUUGGUGGAGCUGGCGAUCCAGCUCAUCGAAGCACCCCUCCACAUCAUUGGGUGGUUCACUUCCAAGGUACAUUGUUAGUAUUAGAUAGGUAAAUGUUCUCUCUUUAUCCAUUAGCUCCCUUGCUUGCUAUGGUUGAGUAGUAAUUGUAUGGAAGAUUAAUGGAAGACAUUGCUGUUCUGAGAAUAGAUGGAAAACCUGACAUUUUAAUUUUA